AUGUAUUAAGUGUAUUUCAGGUUUUUAAUCGCAGCAGAAGCUGUUAAAAUAUUUCCAAGUAGAGUUGAUAGAGGAUAUAAAAUGACUCUUUACCACCCUGUCUUUCUAAAGCACCGCAAAGAACUUCAGAUAAAGAGCGGCUGUUCCCGAUGGACGCUUUCACGCAGCCGCCACCUCCCGAUUUCACUGCACCCAGGAGUGAAUGCCAUUGUGCUGGGAUUAGCUGGCCACGUUAACAUCUCUGCAAUCACAACAAUCGCUCCAGAGCCUCCUAUUCAAGCAGCCGGGAGUGAUAAAGGUCAGGCUCAGCGUGCUCUUUCCCAAUUAUUCUCCAGCCUGGCCGAGCAGUAGCAGCCAAGAGCAAACACACUGGCCAGUGCUCACGGGCUGGCUUGAACGUGCUGCUAGAGUGCAAAAGCUGCUCAGCUUCUCUUUAACAUCUUUCAGUUUAAUCAUUGCUAUUUUUAAGAGUUUGGAUGAUUGUUUAAAAUCUAUUUCCUCGGGGCUCAUUUUGGUGAUUGAACCACUUGAAGGGUGACAAACAGACCACAAAGGAGGCAGCUGGACUGAACUUUAAAACUGAAGAGCUGGGAAAUACUAAUCCUAGAGCAAGCAGAAAUGGAUUUCAACAGGUUUAGGGGGGCUGAAUGAUCAAUCAGUGCACAAAGGACUCUUUCCAUCACUAAUGUGGUUUUGCUGGGAAUAAUAUAUGUAAGAAAAAUGGAGGUUUUAAGCCUUUCUCCAGAGAUCCACUGCUUCUCAGAAUUGCUUGACUGCAGCGAUGGUGAUGAAGAGGAAAUACUAGUAUGUGGAGAAGAUUUUGAGCUUAAUCCUUUUGAUGGCUUGCCUUACUCUUCCCGUUAUUAUAAACUCCUGAAAGAAAGAGAAGAACUCCCAGUAUGGAAAGAGAAACAGACUUUUCUGGAAAGUUUGCUUCAUAAUCAAGUUGUGAUUGUGUCAGGACAUGCUAAGACUGGCAAGAGCUCCCAGAUCCCUCAGUGGUGUGCUGAGUACUGCCUCUCUGCCUGCUAUCAACACGGUGUAGUUGUAUGCACCCAGGUUCACAAGCAGACAGCGGUGCGGCUGGCGCUGCGCGUAGCUGAUGAAAUGGAUGUCAAUGUUGGCCAUGAAGUGGGGUAUUUCAUCCCGUUUGAAAGCUGCUGCACAACAGAAACUAUCCUGAGAUACUGUACAGAUGAUAUGCUACAAAGGGAAAUGAUGUCUACGCCUCUUCUGAACUAUUACGGUGUUAUCAUCUUGGAUGAUGUGCAUGAAAGAACUGUUGCAACAGAUGCGCUACUUGCCCUCCUUAAAGAUGUCUUGCUAUCAAGACCAGAACUAAGGCUGGUAAUACUCACUGCCCCUCACAUGUCCAGCAAACUGCAACAAUAUUAUGGCAGCAUCCCCCUCAUAAGAGUGGAAAGCAAACACCAAGCAGAGGUUGUCUACUCUUGCAGCAUUCAGAAAGACCCCUUCCUGUCUGCACUAAGACUGCUCUUUGAGAUACACCACUCAAAAGAGAAGGGAGACAUUGUCGUCUUUCUGGCAUGUGAACGAGAAAUAGAAAAAGCUCACCAAAUGAUCAGGCAGGAACAGUCCAAUUUAAACCCUGACCUUGGAGAACUCAUCCCAGUUCCUCUAUACCCCAUAAAACAAGACCUAAUUCCCAAACCACAUCAAGACAAGCAGAAAGCCUGCAAAAAGUACAGAAGGAAAGUGCUGCUCACCACAAGCUUUGGAGAGUCUCUGAUUCGGAUUAAAAAUGUAACCUUUGUCAUCGACGGCGGUGUGGGGACAAGGAAGGUGUACAAUCCUAGAAUCAGAGCAGACUCUGUUAUAACGCAGCCUAUCAGCAAAAGUCAAGCAGAGAUGCAUAAACAAAUUCUGGGCAUGUCUUCAUCAGGAAAAAUCUUCUGCUUGUACCCUGAAGAAUUUACAUACAAAGAAAUGAAACCGCAUCUACCGGCCAAAAUACAGGAAUCAAACCUAAGGAGCACGGUGCUCUUCCUCAAGAGGAUGGAUAUAGCAGGCUUUGGACACUGUGACUUCAUAAGCAGGCCAGCUCCUGAAAGCCUGAUGCAGGCUCUGGAAGACCUCGAUUAUCUUGCAGCCCUGGAUAAUGAUGGAAACCUCUCUGAAUUUGGAAUUAUUAUGUCGGAAUUUCCUCUGGAUCCACAGCUGUCCAAGUCAAUUCUGGCUUCGUGUGAAUUUGAGUGUGUUGAUGAAAUGCUCACCAUCGCGGCCAUGGUAACAGCUCCUCACUGCUUCUUAUACGCACCUCCUGGAACAGAAGAGAUUGCUCUUACUUGUUGGCGAAAGUUCUCCCACCCUGCAGGAGACCACUUUACUCUCAUCAACGUCUUCAACGCCUUCAAGGAAGCCAGCACAAACUCCACAAGCCAAUACUACAGCACUGAGAAAUGGUGUCGUGAUUAUUUUCUAAGCAGCUCUGCCCUGAGGAUGGCAGAAAUUAUCAGAGCUGAACUAGUGGAGAUAAUGAAGCGAAUUGAACUUCCCAUCUCAGAACCGGACUUUGGAUCCAAAGAAAAUAUACUCAGCAUUAAGAAAUCUCUCUUAUCUGGUUACUUUAUGCACAUUGCUCGUGAUGUGGAUGGCUCAGGCAACUACUUAAUGUUAACACACAGACAAGUGGCCCAGCUUCAUCCUUUCUCAUCUUAUUAUAACAGCAGAAAGAUUCCAGAGUGGGUUUUGUUCCACGAGUUUAGUAUAUCAGAAGACAAUUCCAUCCGAGUAGUCUCCGAGAUAUCACCUGAUCUGUUCGUGGAGCUGGUUCCUCAGUACUACUUUAGCAACCUUCCUCCCAGUGAAAGCAAGGAUAUUCUGCAGGAGGUGAUCAAUCACUUGUCACCUGCUUCAGCCAUGAAGGAGGAACAGAAAACUAAUGAUGACAAAGAAAAUGAACAAUUUCCCACUCCCACUGAACAAAGAUGUACUAUUCAGUGAAUUUAGACCGAACCAUCAUACAUCAGACAAAUACAAAUAAAAGCAGUACAUGAAAUAUCCAUCUCCAUCUUAACCAAAGAAAUCAUUUCAAACUUUUGAAAUAAAUGUAUUUAACA